AUGUCUUUUCCAUUUAAAAAAUUAACUUCAACUUCAAUUGAUUCGAAUAACUCAUCUUCAUCUUUGUCAUUUCACUCUUUAAAUAACAAAAAUAAUAAAAACAUUAUUGAUAUAAUAAAAAAUGAUUCCUCAGAUAUCUCAAUUCGCGAUAAUAAAGCUACAAAAUCACUUCCUAAUAGUCUUGAUAAAAUCGAUAAUAAAAAUACCAAAAACAAUAUAAAAAAAACAAUCAAAAAUGACAAUGACAAUGACAAUGAUGGCGAUGAUGAAGAUAACAAUGAAGAUGAAGAUUUAGGUGAAGAAAUUACAAUUAACGAAUCAACUACCAUAAACCCGAUUAAUAUGAGUAUCAAUAUUAAUGCCCCAUCAAAUAAUUUCUUGAUUGACAAUAAUUUACUUUUAAAUUAUCCUAAAAUUAAAGAUUCGGAUGAUGAAGAUUUCUUUUCAAAACCAAAUAAAAAUAACGACAAUAACACCACCAUUAAUAAACUAAGUUUUUUUAAUAAUAACGAUAAUGAUUCAGAUGAUAAAGAAUUUGAUUCUGACGCAUUCUUUCAAGCAAUUCAAAAUGAUAUCGAUUUAGAUGGCUAUUAUGACAAUAAUAACAACAAUACCCAUCAUGAUCUAAAUCACAGUCUUAAUUUCGAUGACACCCUUACCAACAAUACAAACAAAAACAAUAAUAAUGACUGGAACUUAUCCGACAAUGAAUUAUUGUUAGAUGAAGAAGCCGAUGCUUUAUUAAAGGAUAUUCAGUUAGAAAAUGAUAACUUGAUUUUCGAUUUUCCUUUAGAUAAUAAUAGUUUUAAUUUAGAUAACUAUGAUUUUGAUAAUGAUCAAUCUGACAAUUACAAUUACAAUUUCAGCCUCAAUGAUGAUUUCAGUAUCAACAAUCUUAAUACGAAUCAUAAUAAUACCGACUAUAACAAUAAUAAUAACAAUAAUAAUAAUAAUAAAAAUAAUAAUAAUAAUAAAAAUAAUAAUAAUAACCAAAAAAAAACAAAUAUAUCUAAAAUUAAACCAAGAGCUUCAAUAGUUGAAAAUGUCGAAGACGUCGUUCAAAAAAAUAGACAACUACUAAACCAAUUGAGAUUACAAAAUAAUCAAGAUUUGGAUGAUUCUGAUGAUAACGAAGUUAUCCAAUUCGAUGAUUCAGACUCUCAUUCAAAUAAUAAUUCAAAUGAUUCAGAUUCAUUUUCAAUUUCAAACUCUUUAUCUGACUCUGACUAUAAAAAAAAUUACAAUCAAAAUAACUAUCAAAAUAAUAAAAACAAAAAUGAAAAUAACAAGAAAAAAAAUGAAAAUAAAAAAAAUAAAAAGAACAAAAAGAACCCUAAAAAUUCUAAUCUCUCAAACUCAAAUUUAAAUAAAAAAUCAAGUCAUAUUAAAUCCUUAAAACAUAAAAAACCUCUACAAAACUCAAAAAAUCUUCUUAAAGAUAAUGACAACGAAGAAGAAGAUGAUGAUUAUGACGAUUCUUAUCUUUUACCUUACUUCUUCAAGGGUGGCGAUUCCUCAAGCUCAAGCUCAUCUGAUGAAUCUGAUAAUAAGAGCACGAAUAGGAAUACCAAAUCAAAAAGAAAUUUUCAUUUCAAUAAAGCUAAUUCUAACAUAGACUCCAAUAUAUCAUCCUCUUCAGAUUUAAAUUCAAGCUCUUGCUCUGAAUCGGGAUCUGGAAUAAGUUCGAGUUUAAAUUCUCAUCUUCUUAAUACCAAAUUUGACAAAAAAGUUACAAAAAAUAUAAAAAGUCAUAAAAAUCACAGAAAACUGACAUCAAAAAAUAGCAUUUCACCAAAAUCAUCAAGAUCAAUUAAUAUUAAUGAUUUGGGAUUUUAUUAUACCGAUCAAUUUCCUAAUUUCGAUGACGAGGACGAGGAUGAUGAUUUUGAUUUAGAUCUAAAUGAUACCACAGAUGAGGAUGAAGAGUUGCCCCCAAAAGGAAAAAGAAAAAUAAUUGGCUCAAAAUCAGUUAAGGAAGUUUUGUCCUCUUCAAUUAAUGGCAGACCCCCAAUAUUAGCUACUUGGUAUCCUGAUACAACAAAACCCUAUGAAAUUCUUGAUGGCUUGACAACAAGAUCAAUCGUUUUUAAUAAAUUUGCUCAAAGUUUGAAUCAAAUGCAUGAUCAAACAAAUAUCAACAAUAUAAAUCAUUUUUUCGAUACUAAUUUACUAAACAAUCCUAAUCAUUCAUCAAAACAAAAUAAAAAUUUCUCAGAGUUAACACCUACUGAUGCAUUGACUGUCGGAAAUAUUGCGAUUAAUGGGUUUUCACUUAACGAUCCAAAUUUCUUGUUACAUUUCAAUGAAAAUCAAUCAAUGAAUGACUUUAAUCUAACCAGUACUACUUUAACAAAUGAACCAGAAUUAGAUUUAGAGGAUUUGUUUAAUAUGAGUGAAUUGGACGACACAGAAGAAAGUAAUUUUAUUUGGAAAGAUAUUAUAACGAAUUCACAAGCAAGCAAAAAAAUCCCACUAUCUGCUUUCAGAAACAAAGUUUUAAUGACCACUAAAAAUGACCAUAAUAUCAUCUCUGCUUCUAGAAGAAGACAGUCUUUUAGAAGAGGUUAUUCUUCAAAUAAACAUUUUUUUGAAAACAGUAAUAAACAUCUUAAUAACAAUGGUGAAAAGUCUAAGAAAACAGGCCAAAUCUCUCAUAGAGCUAAGAAGUCUCAUCACCAUAAGUCAAAGCACAGAUAA